CGAAGCAUCAAUUUCUCUCCCCUCUAUCUUCCAAAAUGGAGAAUCUAUGGCGAGCAGCAACGGGUCAGGACCCGAAUCCGGAUGAUUACAAAGGCGUCGAGUUCUGGGCAAAUCCGGAGCGAGCCGGAUGGCUAACUAAACAAGGCGAUUACAUCAAAACCUGGCGACGCCGCUGGUUUAUCUUGAAGCAAGGUAAGCUGUUAUGGUUCAAGGAUCCGGCUUCCGUCAGCCGCCGAUCGACUCCGCGCGGGGUAGUUUCGGUCGGCGAAUGCCUCACGGUUAAGGGAGCGGAGGAUAUCGUCAACAAGGCCUUCGCCUUCGAGCUCUCCACUCGAGAUUCAACCAUGUAUUUCAUCGCCGAUACGGAGAAAGAGAAAGAGGAUUGGAUCAAUUCGAUCGGCCGAUCCAUCGUUCAACAUUCGAGAUCCGUCACCGAUUCCGAGGUUGUCGAUUACGAUAGCAAGAGCCGGUGAUUUUUCUGAAGUUUUCUUUUGAAUCUAUUUUUUCGUCUUUUUUUUAAUAUGUACUGUAAAUUUGGCUUGUAGAAAUAAAACUAAAAUACUGGUGUUUGCUUUAAUAUUAUGCACGCUUUCUAUAUAGAACUUAAACUUGAAAUUGUGUGUUUGUUUUAGAAACAUAGUAUUAAAUUUCUGGAUUUGAUUGCCAGUUUGGGUUAGUGAUUCUUAUA